UCUUCGGGCCUACACUGUGGCGUAGUGAGUUGAGGCUGCUGCCUGCAGUGCCGGCAUCCCAUAUGGGCGCUGGUUCGAGACUCGGCUGCUCCACUUCUGAUCCAGCUCUUUGCUAUGGCCUGGGAAGGCAGUAGAAGAUGGCCCAAGUCCUUGGACCCCUGCACCCACGUGGGAGACCUAGAGGAAGCUCCUGAUUCCUGGAUUUGGAUUGGCACAGCUCCAGCCAUUGUGGCCAUCUGGGGAGUGAGCCAGCGGAUAGAAGACUUCUCUCUGCCUUUGCCUCUCUGUAACUCUUCGUUUCAAAUAAAUAAAUAUAUCUUUAAAAAACAACAACAACAAAUUCUUUGGGGCUGGCACUGUGGCGUAGCAAGUAAAGCUGCUGCCUGCAGUGCUGGCAUCCCAUAUGGGCGCUGGUUUGAGUCUCUGUUGCUCCACUUCCAGUCCAGCUCUCUGCUACGGCCUGGGAAAGCAGUAGAAGAUGACCCAAGUCCUUGGACCCCUGCACCUGCAUGGGAGACCUGGAAGAAGCUCCUGGCUCCUGGUUUCCAGAUCGGCACAGCUCUGCCCAUUGCAGCCAAUUGGGGAGUGAACCAUCGGAUAGAUAGACCUCUCUCUCUCUCUCUCGCUCUCUGCCUCUCCUUCUCUCUGUGUGUAACUCUGACUGUCAAAUAAACAAAUCUUUAAAAGAAAAAAACCAAAUUCUUCCUCUUAAUUCUGUUGAGCAGUUUCAUUGCCUCAGCUGACGCGGGGAUGCCGGCCAGCUCUGCAGCCAGAGCUGACUGGGGCAUCAGGCUCCUUUGUGACAUUGCCUCAGUGACAGGGUGGCUAUGUGGUGAGUUACCCCGCCCUGGACUCCUGGGGGUCAGUCAUGCCAGCCCUAUGCUCCAGCUCCCCAAGACCAUCCCUGACCUGACUUCUGCCAUGUUGCUGCCGCUACUGGGCGCCUGUGCUUUGGUGGGGCCAUGCUAUGGCCCUGAGUGGGAGCCGGUGCGGGACCUGCUUUCCCAGAACCGCAGCUGCAGGGACCCUCGGUGCCGUGGCAACCUGCUCAUCCUCUGCCUCUUUCUGGUUUGGCAGGUCCAGCACUAUUGGUACAAGGUCACCAGGACUCGUUCCAGUGUGAGGAAGGUCAUCAAGGUGCCACCAGAGAAAGGGGUAGUGCCCUCGACAAGACGUGAAACUUUCUUCAGACUGAACCCUGAAGCCUUCAGUUCUGGACAGUUCAGGGGCCUGGAUGCUCAUGUCCUGCAGUGGGCACACAGGCAGAGAUGGGGCUCCCGGAGAAGCCUCCAGAAGUCGUGGACCCAGUGCCUCCUCUCUCGGCAGCAUCCAUGUCGAGGGCCCCUAUGGGGUGUCCGCUCCCUCUCUGAGCCCACCUUUUGUACCACCUCUUUCUCAAGCACCUGUCUGCUCUCUCAGGACAGUUCCUGGGAAGCACAGCGGGUACCCUGGUAUCUCAGUGAUGGCCAAACUCGUCCUGCCCUGGACAUCUGCCAAAGGAAGGAGCAGCUGCUGGUUCACUCCCAGGAAAGGCUGGUGCCGCCGGAGCCUGCUGUCGGCAUGAGGUCCCUCCCCACCUCCAUGACCUUAGCCAUCUCUCUCCCAAAUCUUCCUUCAGCUCACAGGCUACAGUUCUGCCCCAGGGGAUUCCUGCCUGAUCUUUCCAACCAACCACUGGGGAUGUCUACCUGGGAGUCCCGGGACUGCCCACAAGAGGCCGGGGCAGCAGGGAAUAAAACCCAGACAGUAAGCAGAGAGGAUGGCGGAGAGACACAGGCUCCAGGGUGGGCAGACCAGAGAGAGAACGCAGAGGGGGUUGCUUGGGAAAUUCAGGCUUCUGGGGGUCAGCUCCCAGUAGACUUGGGAAUGGGGAGUGCUGUAGAGCCCAGGACCCCGGAGUGUGGAAACCAGAGACUGAAGAUAAAUGAAACUGAUGGAGAGAUCCUGAUACCAGGGCAGGGAAAUCAGGAGCAGAUGAGAGCUGAGGAUGGAGCCAAAAACGAGGAACCAAAGAAGAGAGUCCAUGAGGAGGCUGGCGCUAAGAAUCUUCCUGAAACCCAGGCACAUAUGGGAGAGAACCCAGAACAGAUCACAUGUAAAUCUGAUGUAGAGACGCAAACACCAGAGUGGGGCAACUGGGACAAGAAUGGAGUUGAGGGUGCUGUGGAGACCGAGGUAUUCAAGGGGAAUAACGAGGAAGGGGCCAGAGGAGGGCAUGGAGAGCUCCAGGCCCACGGACUGGGGAAGCAGGGCCAGAGUGGAGGUGAGGGUGGAGAGGAGACCCAGAUGCCAGAGGAGCGGAAGCAAGACCAGGGUAGAGGCGAUGCAGGAGCCAGAGUUCAGGCAGAAGAGGGGAGAAACAAGGACCAGGCUGGAGGUGAGGAUGCCGCACAGACCCCGACAUCCAGGAGGGAGAACCUGGGAGAAGUCAAACGAGAGGAUGAUGUAGAGAGCCAGGCCCUGAAGUGGGAGAAACAGGAGCACAACAGAGGUGAGACCGUUCCAGAGAGCCAGACACCAGGAGGGGAGAGGCAGGGGCAGGGUGGAAGUGAGAAAGACGGAAAGAUCCAAGUCUCUUGGGGAGACAACCAGAAAGCAUCAAAACCUGAAAUUCAAGUUGAGUGGGGAAACCAGGCUCUGGGAAGAGGGGAGGGUGCUGGGGAAACGCAGACAUGUAAGAGGGCAACGAUCAGGGAGAUCAGAGUGGAGGACUGGGUGGUGAUCCGGGCACCGUGGUGGGGAAACCAGAGACUAGCGGCAAGCAAGAUUGACAGAAAGUACAAGAUGCCAUGCUGUGGGGAUCAGAAGCAGACUGAAGGUGAGCCUACAGCAGAAAUCCAGGCACUGGAGGAGGAAGAACAGAGAAAGUGUGGAUGUGAGGAUGGUGCAAGUACUUUGGCACCCCCGGCUAAAAUCCAGGGACAGUUAAGAUGCGAAACUGCCCUGGAGGUCCAUCCAGCAGGGCAGAGGAACAAGGAGUGGUUUGGAGAUGAGAACGAAACAGACAGUCGGGUACUACGGAAGAGAGACGUGAGAGGGGUUAGAGGCGAGGAUGGUACAGAGACCCAGGAACUUGGUGAAGAAAAUCAGCGUCUAUUAGGAAGCAAACUGCAUGCAAAGAUUGAUCCACCAAAGUGGAAGAAUCAAGACCACGCUGGAGGGACGGAUGGUGCCGAUCCCCACACAUCUGAGGUGGAAAACUGGGGAGAAGCAACACGUAAUAUUGAUGGAGAAACCCACUCAGCAGCGUGGAAGACAGAGGAGCCGGUCGGAGGUGAGAGUGUUGCCGAGAGUCAAAUACAAGGGAAGAGAAACCCGAGACAGGCUGGAGGAGAGCAUGGCGUGGGGACCUGGGCCCCUGGAGCGGGGAACCAGAGGCAGUUAGGAAAUGACACUGCUGGAAAGAUCCAUUUACCAGGGUGGGAGAACCAGGAGCCGAUGGGAGAUAAGGAUGGAGCAGAAAUUCAGGUUCCGGAGAAGGAGAAAUGCAGAGACCCUGGAGGUGACCCUCAGAGGCCUGAGAGAGAGAACCAGGGACAGUCUGAUGGUGAAAAAGGAGGGAGCCAUUCCCCAGGGAGGAGGAGAUGGGAGAAGACUGCAGAGAAUCAGGCAUCAGAGAAGAGAAAGCAGAGAGAGGCUCAGAGGAGGAAGCGGAGACUUCAGAGAAAGAACCAGAGACUGCCAGGAAGUAAAGUUAGUGGGAAGACCUGCUCACCCGUGUGGGAGAGCCCGCGACGUCCUGGAGGUGGGAAUGGUGCAAAAACUCAGCCGCAAGGCAGGAGAAUCCUGAGAGGGACACCGGGCGCUGGCGGCACAGUGACUCAGGCACCGGGAGGAGACGGCCAGGGGCCAUUAGGAAGUGAAAUCGACGAGGGGAUCCAGACACAAGGACAAGGAAGCCAGAACAAGGGUGGAGAUGAGGAUGCUGCAGAAACCCAGGGAGCAGGGAGCCAGAGAGGGCACAGGGCGCAGGAUGCUGGAGAGCCGCGAGCACCCAGAACAGGAAGCAGGGACCGAGUCAGCGGACAGAGCUCCACGAGGGCCCGGCGCCAAGUCAGCUCUUCUGGGGGUGAGGGGCCCGCGGGCAGGAAGCGCAGCCUGGCACGGACCCCAGACUUCCCCGGCCCCGGCUAUGCAGCAGAGGCUGCGGAGGCGUCCACUCCUGCUCCCUGGGCUGAGAUGAAGCCUCUCCCCUGCUGGGGUGAGGCCUUCCUGCUGGCCAGUGGGGAGGGAGAGCAUCUGGCUAGCCAGGGCUUGGCCCCUGUCAGUGAGCUCAGAUCAGCCUCCCAGCACAUCCAACCUGAAUCCCAGAGACAGCAAAGCGACAAAGGGAUGGGUCCAGAGAAGGCCUCCAGCCGGAAGCAGCAGCCGAGGAACCCUGAGUCCCUGGCUGCCCCCUUGGGCGUACGCUCUGGCUGCCCCUGUCUCCUAGGUGACCAACCCCCGCCAGCCGCCACGGCCCUGACCGGUAUUCCCACUGCCCUCACCGUCUCACCCAAGUGGCCAGUACUCAAGAAGAGCAAACGGCUGCUCCUGGAGUCCCUCAUGAGGCGAAGGAUUGCACACCUGCAGUGGGGCCUCCCCAGGCGGAUCCUGGAAUCCUAUUUGCUCUAUAACUUCUUUGGAUCUUGCUCAGUGCCUCUGGCCGGGGUGAGGCCCUCUGGAUUAUGUAUGGGCCAGGAGUUCCAGGGACAGCAGGAAAGGCGCUGUGAAGCCCAGAGCGCCGUGUUAGCCAUUAAGUCUCCAAAGAGGCCCCAGAGGCUUCAGUCCCCAGGAAGCAGCAGCUCGGAACUUCCUGCCCAGGCCACAGCUCUGGAGGAAGACAGACUAAAGCCAGUGGGCAUUUCCUUCCCACCUCCAAAGCCCAGGAGAUCCAAGCCACCAGGGGGCACCAGAGAACCACAAGUGAUCCAGGAAGUGCUUCCUAGGGCCAAACUGCCUGCUUCCAGUAACUUCAAGCCUGCAGCAGAGACCAGGAGCUGGUGUGGCCCAGAAAGGGUCCGAGAGCCUUGCAGUGAGAACAGCAGGUGCAGGAACACAGUCAGGCCAGAGAUCUCCCAGGCGGAAGCAAGGGCUCCCUGGAGAGGGAGGACCUUGUCUUUUGGGGCAGGCCACGGUCAGCGCAGGAAGGAGCACGUAUCCUGGGGAGCCUGUAAGCCCUCGAGACUCAGAUAUCAGCAGCUCGCACCCUGGAGAAGAGGAAGCCUGGAUUCUGUGGAGGGCAGAGGGGCUGGGCAGAAGCCUGCUUCCUCUUCCACAAACAGCCCCAGCUUCAAAGGCAGUCUCCACGCCGCUGCAGCCAGGCUGAGCGUGACCAUCCUGAGCAAGAUGUCCUGGUCCCCACGGCUGGCCAAGCCCCAGCCCUCGGCCCCCGGCCUCAGCCCCAAGGACCCCGAGUCUGAGUCUGCCCUGCUUCCCAAAGCGGAUGACCCUCACGCAGGGGAGGACAGCGUCCGAGUCCGCACUGCUGCUGCGGGGGACCUCCAGCCGCCAGGUCCCCGCGAGACAGAAAGCCCCUGGGGUCAGGGGGCGCCUGGGCACCCAAACAGGACCUCAUGGAAUCCACUGGCCCCCCACAAGUUAGCUUUUACAAGGCACUGGAGAGAUUUUCUCCUCCAGUGUGGCUUGAAAAAGUAGGCCGCAGGCCCAGAGUCCACAGGACACAUCAGAGAAGCAGGACAGUGGCCUGUUGACCCCGCGAGCCUCUAAUAAAGUUGGUUAUCUGGGCCCCGUGGAGUCCUGAUUUCUCUGGCAUAUGUUUCCUGGGGAUUGCUUGUGGGGCUUGGGAUACAUUGUGCAGAAGCCACUUCUACUCCAGAGAAUGUGGGUUAGCUCAAUGCCACCUGCUGAACACUUCCCCUCCCCAGAUUCUCACAGAGGUUCACUAAGGCUUCUGUCAUGGUGCUGUCCUGCCCAUGUCCCAGGCUGAUCCUGGUUGAGGUAAGACACUCAAGCAGUCUCUCAGCUGACUGGAGGUAGGGGCAGUGCUCUUUAUGGGACACUAUUCAGGUGCUUUUGGUUACAAGGAAGGUAGCAGAUCACUGGGAUCUAUGCUCCUGAGGUUCUGCUGCCUAGAAAAGACCUAAAGGUGGGGCCUGCGCUGUGGCGCAGCGGGUUAACACCCUGGCCUGAAGCGCCGGCAUCCCAUAUGGGCACUGGUUCUAGUCCCAGCAGCUCCUCUUCCGAUCCAGCUCUCUGUUAUGGCCUGGGAAAGUAGUAGAAGAUGGCCCAAGUCCUUGGGCCCCUGCACUCACAUGGGAGACCUGGAAGAAGCUCCUGGCUCCUGGCUUCAGAUCAAUGCAGCUCCAGCUAUUGAGGCCAGCUGGGCAGUAAACCAGCAGAUGGAAGUCCUCUCUCUGUCCCUACCUGUCUGUGUAACUCUGACUUUCAAAUAAAUAAAUGAAUCUUAAAAAAAAGAAAGAAAAGAAAAAUGCCCUACACUGGAUUUAAAAAAAUAAGAAAAGACCUAAAGGAAGAACUAUUACCACCUCUCAAUUCUCAAGUAUUGCCAACCAUAAUUAUUUGUUGUUUUUUCUUGGCCCAUCAUGGGACAUUCUAGAGCUAACUGUUUUACUCAUGGCCCUAUCUUCAAAUACAGUCUUCAACAGAGGUAGACAUAUCUUUUUGAGGAGCACCAUUACCUGGGGGUAAUUUAGUCUGUAGCAACAGAUAAUCAAUCAACACAUAUGUAAUCUAUUGUAAUAGUUUUCUUGUCUGUCUGGAUUUGUGUCUCUUGAGAGCAAGCAUUCUACUCUCUCUUUUGCUUACUUUUGAAUCCCCUAGCUCCUAGCAGUCUCUGGCUCGAUUUUUUUUUUUUUUUUUUUUGACAGGCAGAGUGGACAGAGAGAGAGAAAGGUCUUCCUUUGCGUUUGGUUCACCCUCCAAUGGCCGCCGCGGCUGGCGCGUUGCUGCCGGUGCACCGCGCUGAUCCGAUGGCAGGAGCCAGGUGCUUCUGGUCUCCCAUGGGGUGCAGGGCCCAAGCACUUGGGCCAUCCUCCACUGUACUCCCUGGCCACAGCAGAGAGCUGGCCUGGAAGAGGGGCAACCAGGACAGAAUCCGGCGCCCUGACCAGGAUUAGAACCCGGUGUGCCAGUGCCGCAAGGCGGAGGAUUAGCCUAGUGAGCCGCGGCACAGGCCCGAAUUUUUUUUUUUUUUUUUUUUGCCAAACAGAAUAUUACUUUUUUGAAUUUAAAAAGAAAAUAAUAGUAUUUAAUAUGGAAGCUAAGCAUGCCAUCUUUCUCUGAAAAAAGUUUACAAGUCUUUGUACAUUUUUGUUGUAAAAAUGUAUAGAAUAUCAGAACUUAAGUUUUCUUUCACUGAACAGAAUUACUGCUGUAAUGUACUUAAGAU